AACGGCCCGGAGUCGCAGAAGGGGGCAAUGAUGCUGUUCGUGCAGCUAAUGGGGCCUUCCCACCACCAGGAGAUCCAGCGCGAGACGACACCAGAAGGCAUUUCCAAACAUAAGCAUACACACGUGGCACGUGUACCGUGGCUGCAGACAGCCAGAGGCGCUCACUGGCAGUAUUAUUCUAUUCACUAUUCUAUUCCACUAGACACUCUACUCUAGAAACAUUCAUUCAUGGCGUUUGAUUUCUCUACGUUGACUCCUCUCAUUCGGCAAAUCCUGUCUGCACCUGGAACAGACCUGACGACGAUCAGCGCGAAACGGGUUCGAAGGCAAUUACUGAAACUGGACGACUCGUUAUCAGCAGAAUUUCUGAAGGAACACAAGGACGGUAUAAACGCAAUAAUUACCAAUGAGUAUGACCGCAUUAGCGCGAAUCUUCAACGAGAGGGAAGUGAUGAUUCACAGGAGGAGGAACCAAGGAGCCAGGACGGAGACUCUGAAGGGGAUGGAGAGGAUGACGGGGAAGAAGAUAUGGAAAUGGAUCCACCGCCGGUAACGAAGAAGAAGAGGUCGUCGAAGAAGGCACGCGGAGUGAGUGAUGCAGAGUUGGCACGCCAGCUUUCCAGCGAGAUCAAUGGGCGCUCCCGGAGAAGUAGUGGCGGCGGCAGAGGGGCAAGAGUUGGUGCUCCUAAACGCGGUGGUCGGUCCAGGAAGAGUGCUGCAACAGUGGACUCGGAUGCUGACAGUGAGCUGGAAGGUGCUGGCAAGAAGUCCAGGAAGAAGUCAGCCGGUGGCGGUGCUGCUAAAGGAGGAUUCGCCAAAGAAUAUGCACUGAGUGUACCUCUCGCGGCACUUCUUGAUGUAGAUAAGCUCUCGCGCCCUCAAGUCGUCAAACAGCUAUGGGUUUAUAUCAAGGACAAAUCCUUGCAGAAUCCGUCUAACAGGCGCGAGAUCCUCUGUGAUGACAAGCUGAGGGCUGUCUUCAGCGUCGAUAAAAUUGACAUGUUCAGAAUGAACAAAGUCCUCGGACAACAUCUUCAUGAAAACGAAGCGUAACUUUCUCAUAAUUCAACGGGUUCAGGACGAUAAUAAUACACAUCUUUCCGCCUUCCGCUCUCUGCUGUACCACUAUCUUGAAUUUCUUAUACCUGGCUGAAUCGGGCGUUUUCGUACCGUCUGCACUAUACGGCGCCCUUCAGCAUUGUUGUAUGCCAUAAUAUUAAAUAUAUCAUGUUCAUGAAAACUCGUUGAAGCUGUAUCUCCCCGAUUAGCCUAGCUUCACUGGUUCACACCGGCUCGAAUACUUUAUCUCAUCAAUAUCGGCCAUCCCUUGUUCGCCGUAGAUGCUAGU